AUGUGCUUGUCUUCUUCUCAUCUCUUCUUGUCUCCUCUGUUCUCUUGUUGGACUGGUGAGGCACUCAAGUCGCACAUCGAAGCAAGCAACCGAGCAUGGAGGUGCGGCACUGGACUGCGGACGUCAACGGCAUCUCCCUCCACGUCGCGGAGCGGGGCCCCGCCGCCGGGCCGGCGGUCCUCCUCCUCCACGGCUUCCCGGAGCUCUGGCUCUCCUGGCGCCACCAGAUGACCGCGCUCGCCGCGCGCGGGUUCCGCGCGCUCGCCCCUGACCUCCGCGGCUACGGCGACUCCAGCGCCCCCGCCGACCCCGCAGCCUACUCCAUCUUCCACAUCGUCGGCGACAUCGUCGCGCUCCUCGACCACCUCCGCCUCCCAAAGGUGUUCGUCGUGGGGCACGACUGGGGCGCGCAGGUGGCAUGGCACCUCUGCCUGUUCCGGCCGGACAGGGUACGCGCCGUCGUCAACCUGGGGUUGCCGUACUUUCCCCGCAGCCCUCGCCCGGUGAUGGAGUCCUUUGCGGCGCUUGGCGAUGGACUCUACAUAGUGCAGUUCCAGGAGCCUGGAAGAGCUGAAAGGGCAUUUGGUCGCUAUGAUGUUGCUACCGUCCUAAAGAAGUUCUACUCCAUUGAAAUUGAUGAAUUCGUUGCUCCUCCUGGAGUAGAGAUCAUAGACUUUCUCGAGGCACCUUCGUCACCACUUCCCUGGAUCACCGAGGAAGAACUUGGCCAGUAUGCUGAAAAGUUUCAGAAGUCUGGGUUCACCGGACCCCUCAACUACUACCGCAUGUUCGACACGAACUGGAGACUUACUGCGCCUUGGAAUGGAGCGAAAAUCACAGUGCCUGCAAAGUUCAUUCUGGGCGAUAAGGACAUCGGUCUCCAGUCCUACGGAAUUGAGCACUACGUCAAGAGUGGGGGUUUAAAGUCAAGUGUUCCAGAUCUUGAGGUUGUGAUCAUCGAAGGCCACCAUUUCCUCCAGCAAGAGCAGGCCGAGAGAGUGAAUUCUGAGAUACUUUCCUACCUCGACAAGUUUACUAGUGAGGUAUAAGAUUAGACAUGUUUGUGCCUGAGAAUAAGAUGGUAUAAGAUUAGACAUGUUUGUGCACAUGCAACUGGGCACAUAUUUGAUAGCAACUGAACAAGAAAGGAAUUGAACAUUUAUAGUUUCUUGGUAUUAAAGUUAUUUGUCGCGGGUUGUAACA